UCUAUUGUCAACAUUCCAGAGCAAUACAUUUCAAAAAGGUGGACAAAGUUUGCAAAAAGUGAAGUAUGGAAGAGAAUGGAACAUAGAGAAGAUAAUGGAACAGAAAAGAGAAAAAUUACUCCAUGGCGUUAUGAGAUGGCAAGAAAUUUGUACAACUUGGUUAUUAAAUGUCAAGGGAGUGAUGCAGCUAAAAAGGUGCUUAAAGAGGCUUAUGCUCAUGCUAACGAAAGCAUAAAUAAGGUUCUAGAAAAAGAAAAAGCAGCAGAAAAGGAGGCAGCACAAAAGGCACAAGACGAUGUUGAAGCACAACAAACCACAAUCAACAUAGCACCGUCUACAUCAUCAUCAUCAUCAAAUGCACCACAAAUAAUAGUUGAAAAUCCACCACUAGUGAAGACAAAAGGAAGAAGUAAAAGAAAAAAAGGAUACUUUGAGAUAAGGACAUCGUCAACAGCACCUACAGAAUUUGGAACUUUUACACCAAAAGAACAAUUUUUUUUAGUGACAUUGGAUUGAAUUUAGUGUUUAUCAAAUUAGUUAACUUGUACCAGCAAUUAGUUAACUUGUUCCCUCAAUUAGUUAACUUCUUCCCUCAAUUAUUUAAUAUUGUUAACCUUACAAUGCAUUAGUUAACCUUUUCCAUCAAUUAGUUAAAUUUUUUCAGAAAUUAGUUAGCUUUUUCCAUCAAUUAGUUAACUUUUUUCAGAAAUUAGUUAACUUUUUCCAUCAAUUAGUUAACUUUUUCAUCAAUUAAUUAGUUUACCUUUUGCAUCCAUUAAGCUUUUAACAAUAAUUAGUUAACUUUUUCCAUCUAUUAGUUAACUUGUCCCAUCAAUUAGUUAUCUUUUUCAUCAAUUAGUUAUUGUUUUAACUUUUUAACAACUUUUUCUAUCAAGUAGUUAAUCAAUUUAGGU